GUGUACGAUGCGCAAUUGUUGAAUGACAAAAACAAAGGAUAAAAAGUGGAGGAGGUUAGGCGCUCGGUUUGGAGUCGAUACCCAGCUCUGUCUGAUAUUACCUCUAGUCUGCCGAGGUUGAAGGAGGACGGGGAGAAGGAGUUGUAGGGGUGGAGCUGAGCUUAGGGCUGGACUCUCGGUUUUGCAGAUUCGUUAAGUCUCACCGAAGAAGAGAGAGAGAGAGAGGAGAGAGAGAGAGAGAGAGAGAGGAAUGAUGAUUAUCUUUCUAUGAAAGCGGAUUAGAGAUACAGAAUCAGAGGACGUUUUUGAACGACGGAGAGAAAAAUCUGGGAGAGAGAAUCCGAGAAUAUAUUCUAUAGAUUUAUAUAUAUGUCUCUAUAUUUCUCUCGCUCUCUCUCUAUAGUAUAGAGUCGACUUGACGCGGGAGUUGAAUUGCUAAUUGGAUUCGAUAAACGGAUAUCGAGAUCGAAUUCGAUCGAAUCGAAAUCGAAUCGUCGGAAUUGACAAAUAACCGGUCGGAGAUCAGCAAAGCGCGCCGCGCACAGCGAAGUGAAGCGCGCUAGAAACUGAAUAUCAGCGAAACGCGCCGCCUACCGGUAGUUUCAUCUCUACGGGAAUCGCAUCGCAUCGAAUCGAAUCGCAAAUUGGAUUCGAAUCGAAUCGAAUUGGAGAGGGGAGAAGAGAGCGGAGCGCAGUGCCAUGGGGGCGGCAAUCAGGAAGUUAUUCGACACUAUUUUCGGGAACAAGGAGAUGAGGGUGGUGAUGCUGGGUCUGGAUGCGGCAGGGAAGACAACCAUUCUCUAUAAGUUACAUAUUGGAGAGGUGCUCAGCACGGUGCCGACUAUCGGUAGGUGUCAGAUUUAUGUUGUUGAUUCGUUGGAUCGAGAACGGAUAGGCCGAGCUGCAAUGGAAUUUAAGAACAUCUUAGAAGACCCAUUGAUGCGGAACAGCGCGGUUCUGGUUUUCGCCAACAAGCAGGAUAUGAAAGGGUGUUUGACACCAGCAGAGGUCUGUGAGCAUCUGGGACUACACAGCCUUCGAAACCGACGCUGGCAUAUUCAGGGCACUUGUGCAUCCAAGGGAGAGGGACUGUACGAGGGCCUUGACUGGCUGGCAAGCACUUUGAAGAUGAUGCAGGCCAGUGGGCAACCAACCUCCGUAAAAGCAGUAGGGCAUGGUGUGUGAGAGCCAUGGACAACGGAUCACACAUAUGCGGGCAGAGGAAGGGCAGAUGCAGGACAGAGGGAGGACAGGGUUUGAAGAUGACCGUGGGGGCAAUUAACGAGGAGCCGAGGGUCCAUCAUGGCAUGGAUGGAGGUGUGCAAAGGUGGGGCAAGCCUCGAGUAUGUGAAUGUUUCAGCGGGCAGGAGGGACGGAGAAGGGGUUGGGUUGGGUGUAAGGGUAGAGACGUUCCGACGGGCAGUUAUGUCGAGUGAAUCUCCACUUCAAGGGCACCGGAUGGAGGGUGCAAGGGUGGAGCAAGGGAUUGCAGGAUUGCAAGGAAAAAUACUCUGACUGGUGAUGUGGAGCAGAGAAACCUCUCAUUGGGUGCGUGCGUUCAUGCAAGCGGGAGGAGUGGCUGCACUGCACAUUGUGUGCAUGGCUGAGGAGUAUGAAUGGUGUGCGUGAGAGCGGCAGUGAUGGAGAGAGAGAGGUGUUGUGAGAUGUCAAGGCAGGGGCCAGCAGAUUCACCUGAGGAGGAAGUAGGAAAUUCACUUCUGGUAUGUUUCAAGUAUCAACCCAUCCACACAAUGCAAAAUGAACUUGUUUUCGAGUUCUAUGUCCACUGAGAAUGAAACCUGACUGCAGCUGCCUGCCAGAUACGAAUAAGCAGACUUGAGAACGAGUUAUUCUCUCUCGUGCCCUCAUUGCAGGAGCCCUCUGCCAAGGGCGAUGCCCUUAGUUGACAUUCUGAAAAUUGUACAUUGAUC